AUGUUCAUCACUUUACACUAUUCAGUGCCAUAUUCAAUCCUUUCUGUUUACUCCUGUGCAAACAACAAAACAAAUAAACAAAACUCAAAAGGAAAUAACAAACGCCAAGCUAAUCAACUUUCAAUUCAAAAAUCAUCUCCAGCACCACUUAUAAUCAAUCAAAAAACAUACCCUCGAACUAAGCUUGAAGCUCUUGAUGCUGUUGUUACAGACCUCGAAACAUCGGUUAAAAAGGGCAUACAGAUUGAUACUCAGACUUUUAGUUCUAUACUUGAAUCUUGUUAUAAUUUGCAAGGGAUUGAUUAUGUUAGUAGGAUUCAUCGGCUGAUACCCGAAAAUCUUUUGCGAAGAAAUGUGGGGGUUUCUUGUAAGCUUAUCAGGAUGUAUGCGGUUAGCGGGCUUGUUGAUGAAGCUCACCAGGUGUUUGAUAAAAUGAGUCAGAGAGAUGUGUAUGCUUUUCCUUGGAAUGCACUUAUUUCUGGGUAUGCUGAGUUGGGUCAGUUUGAAGAUGCAUUGGCGAUUUAUUUUCAGAUGGUGGAAGAUGGGGUGGAGCCUGAUGGGUUUACGUUUCCUCGGGUUUUGAAAGCUUGUGGAGGGAUUGGGAUGGUUCAUGUUGGUGAGGAGGUUCACCGGCAUGUUAUUCGAAGGGGGUUAGGGAAUGAUGAGUAUAUUCUUAAUGGGCUAGUUGAUAUGUAUGCGAAGUGUGGUGAUAUUGUGAAGGCUAGGAAAGUUUUUGAUGGAAUUGUGUGUAAGGAUUUGGUGUCGUGGAACGUAAUGCUUACAGGGUAUGUUCGACAUGAGCUUCUGCGUGAGGCGUUACAUGUGUUUCGGCUGAUGAUAAAAGAGGCGUUUGAGCCAGACUCAGUUUCUCUUUCUACGAUUCUUGCUUGUGCCUUGCCUAAAAGAGUUGGGGCUGAAAUUCAUGGAUGGGUUCUGCGUCGUGGAGCUGAAUGCAACUUGUCAGUUGCUAAUUCAUUAAUUGUUUGGUACUCUAAUAAUAAUAGAUUGGAUCGUGCUACUUGGUUAUUCGACCAGAUGUCUGACAGAGAUGUGGUUUCAUGGAACUCUAUCAUUUCAGCUUACGGCAAGCAUCCAGAUGCUUUAAAGUACUUCAAAAAGAUGAGGAGCACAGAUGUAUGUCCAGAUAGGGUGACAUUCGUGUCUCUGUUAUCAACUUGUGCGCAUUUAGGAAUGGUGAAGGAUGGGGAGAUGUUAUUUUCGAUGAUGAGGGAUAAAUACAGAAUAACUCCUAUUAUGGAACACUAUGCUUGUAUGGUUAAUCUCUACGGAAGAGCUAAUCUGAUCAACAAAGCUUAUGAUACUAUAAAGAAUCAAAUGGAAUUUGAGCCAGGUCCAACCGUAUGGGGUGCACUGCUCUACGCUUGUUGCCUUCAUGGCAAUGUGGAUGUUGGAGAAAUUGCUGCUGCAAAUCUUUUUGAGUUGGAAUCAGAUAACGAGCAUAAUUUUGAGAUUUUGAUGAACAUGUAUAAAAAUGCAGGUCGAUUGGAGGAUGUACAGAGGGUGAAAUCGAUGAUGGAGGAGAGAGGUCUGGAUUAGCAGAGGAAAACAGGAUGUCCAUAAUCUUGUAUCUUCCAAGCCCUGCCGGACUCCGACGAAUCACCAACAGCCGGUGGCGACAUUUCCUUCUGGUGCCAAACGACUCCUCAUCCUGAACCAUGCAAGUAUUUUCUAGGCCAUCAGUUUGAUAUCAGGCCCCAGAA